AUGAGGACGCGCUGGGCGACCCUUCGCCGCGCGGCGGAGCUCCUCGUGCUACUCCUCAGGUGCUUCGGUCUGGCGGAGCCCUCUGGCCGCACAGGCAAUGAUCCAUUCACUAUCGUCAAUGAAAACAUGGGCAAGUGCAUCAAGCCACUGAAUGACUGGAUAGUAGCAACAGACUGUGGUGGAAGUAGGGACGUGUUAUGGAAGUGGGUGUCUCAGCAUCGACUCUUUCAUUUGCAAUCCCAGAAGUGCCUUGGGCUAGAUAUUACCAAACCCACAGAUUCCUUGAGAAUGUUCAACUGUGACUCCAGUGCCUUACUCUGGUGGAAAUGUGAGCACCACUCUCUGUAUGGAGCUGCCCAGUACAGACUGGCUCUGAAGAAUGGACAUGCUGUAGCAAGUACAAAUUCAUCUGAUGUCUGGAAGAAAGGAGGCACAGGGGAAAACCUCUGUGACCAGCCUUAUCAUGAGAUAUAUACCAGAGGUGGGAACUCCUAUGGAAGACCUUGUGAAUUUCCAUUCUUAGUUAAUGGGACCUGGCAUCAUGAGUGCAUUUUUGAUGAAAAUUAUGGUGGGCCAUGGUGUGCAACCACCUUAAAUUAUGAAUAUGAUCAAAAGUGGGGCAUCUGCUUAAAACCAGAAAAUGGCUGUGAAGAUAAUUGGGAAAAGAAUGAGCAGAUUGGAAGUUGCUACCAAUUUAAUACUCAGGCAGCUCUUUCUUGGAAGGAAGCUUAUGUUUCGUGUCAGAAUCAAGGAGCUGACUUACUGAGCAUCGGCAAUGCUGCUGAAUUAACUUAUCUUAAAGAAAAAGAAGGCAUCCCAAGAAUUUUCUGGAUUGGCUUAAAUCAGCUAUACUCUGCUAGAGGCUGGGAAUGGUCAGACCACAGGCCAUUAAACUUUCUCAACUGGGACCCAGAUAUGCCUAGUGCACCUAUGAUAAUAGGCGGAUCCAGCUGUGCGAGAAUGGUUGCCAUGUCUGGUCUAUGGCAGAGUUUUUCCUGUGAAGCUCAAUUGCCCUAUGUCUGCAAGAAACCAUUAAAUAACACAGUGGAGUUAACAGAUGUUUGGACAUAUUUAGAUACACACUGUGAUGCAGGCUGGCUGUCAAAUAAUGGUUUUUGCUAUCUGCUGGUAAAUGAAAGUGAUUCCUGGGAUAAGGCACAUACGAAAUGCAAAGCCUUGAGCGGCGAUCUCAUCAGCAUUCAUUCUUUAGCAGAUGUGGAGGUGGUUGUCACAAAACUCCAUAAUGGCGAUGCCAAAGAAGAAAUAUGGAUAGGUCUUAAGAACAAAAAUGUACCAAGUUUAUUUCAGUGGUCUGAUGGUACUGAAGUUACUCUAACAUAUUGGAAUAAGAAUGAGCCAAAUGUUCCCUACAAUAAGACUCCCAACUGCGUUUCCUAUUUAGGAAAGUUAGGUCAGUGGAAGGUCCAGUCCUGUGAAGAGAAACUUAAAUAUGUAUGUAAGAAAAAGGGAGAACAAAUGAAUGAUACAACAUCUGACAAGAUGUGUCCUCCAGAUGAGGGCUGGAAAAGACAUGGAGAAAUCUGUUACAAGAUUUACAAGGAUGAGGUCCCUUUUGGAACCAACUGCAAUCUGACUAUAACUAGCAGAUUUGAGCAAGAAUACUUGAAUGAUAUGAUUAAAAAGUAUACUAAAUCUCCAGGAAAAUACUUCUGGACUGGCCUGAGAGAUAUAGAUUCACAUGGAGAGUAUAGCUGGACAGGAGUUGGUGGAGUAAAGCAAGCUGUAACAUUUUCCAACUGGAAUUUUCUUGAGCCAGCUUCUCCAGGCGGGUGUGUGGCUAUGGCUACUGGAAAGUCUCUUGGAAAGUGGGAGGUGAAAGACUGCAGAAACUUCAGAGCACUCUCGGUUUGCAAGAAAAUAAGUGGGCCCAUUCAGCCUGAAGAAGUAGCUCCUAAGCCUGAAGACCCCUGUCCUGAAGGCUGGCAUAGUUUCCCCUCAAGUCUUUCUUGUUAUAAGCUGUUUCAUACAGAAAGAAUUGUAAGAAAAAGGAACUGGGAAGAAGCUGAGAGAUUCUGCCAAGCUCUUGGAGGACACCUUCCUAGCUUCACUCAUAUGGAUGAAAUAAAGGAAUUUCUUCACUUUUUAAUGGACCAGUUCAGUGACCAGCGUUGGCUGUGGAUAGGUUUGAAUAAAAGGAGCCCAGAUUUACUAGGAUCCUGGGAGUGGAGUGAUCAUACACCAGUGUCUACUAUUCUCAUGGAAAAUGAGUUUCAGCAGGAUUAUGACAUCAGAGACUGUGCUGCUGUCAAGGUCACUCAAAGUCCAGGGCGAAGAAGCUGGUAUUUCUAUGAUGACAGAGACUUUAUUUACUUAAGACCUUUUGCUUGUGAUACAAAACUUGAAUGGGUAUGCCAGAUUCCAAAAGGCCGUACUCCAAAAACACCAGACUGGUACAAUCCAGAGCGUGCUGGAAUUCAUGGACCUCCGGUUGUAAUUGAAGGGAGUGAAUAUUGGUUUGUUGCUGAUCCUCACUUAAACUAUGAAGAAGCUGUCCUGUAUUGUGCUAGCAAUCACAGCUCUCUGGCUACAUUGACAUCUCUUGCAGGAUUAAAAGCCAUCAAAAACAAAAUAGCAAAUAUAUCUGGUGAUGAACAGAAGUGGUGGGUGAGAACUGCUGAGCAGCCGGCAGAUCGUCGUCGUUCUAUGUACUCACGAUAUCCAUGGCCUCACUUUCCUAUAACAUUUCGGGAGGAAUGCCUGUGCAUGUCUGCCAAGACUUGGUUUAGCGACUUAAAUAAACCAGCAGACUGUGGUACCAAGUUGCCCUUCAUCUGUGAAAAAUAUAAUGUCUCUUCAUUAGAAAAAUACAGUCCAGAUUCUGCAGCUAAAAUACAGUGCUCUGGGGAUUGGAUUACUUUUCAGAAUAAGUGUUUUCUAAAAAUCAGACCAAAGUCUCUCACAUUUUCCCAAGCGAGUGAUACUUGUCGCACAUAUGGUGGCACCCUUCCUUCAGUGCUGAGCCAGAGAGAACAAGAUUUUAUUACAUCCUUGCUUCCGGAUAUGGAGGCUACUUUAUGGAUUGGUUUGCGCUGGACUGCCUAUGAAAGGAUAAACAAAUGGACAGAUAACAGAGAGCUGACAUACAGUAACUUUCACCCAUUAUUAGUUGGUGGGAGACUGAAAAUACCAACACAUAUUUUUGAAGAAGAGUCCCAAUACGACUGUGCUUUAAUACUCAACCUCCAAAAGUCACCUUAUACUGGGACAUGGAAUUUCACUUCCUGUAGUGAACGCCACACUCUGUCUCUCUGUCAGAAAUAUUCAGAAGUUGAAAGCAAACAGACCUUGCAGAAUACUUCAGACACAGUAAAGUAUCUAAAUAAUCUGUACAAAAUCAUCCUGAAGAAUAUGACUUGGUUUGAUGCUCUAAGGGAGUGUCAGAAAGAUAACAUGCAGCUGGUGAGCAUCACAGACCCUUAUCAGCAGGCGUUCCUAACUGUACAAGCGGUUCUUCGUAACUCUUCUUUAUGGAUUGGACUCUCCAGUCAAGACGAUGAACUCAACUUUGGUUGGUCAGAUGGGAAGCGUGUUCAAUUUAGUCGCUGGGCUGAAAAUAAUGGGCAACUUGAAGACUGUGUAAUAUUAGAUACUGAUGGAUUCUGGAAAACAUCUGAUUGUGAUCAUAUGCAACCAGGUGUUAUUUGCUACUAUCCAGGAAACGAUACUGAAAAAGAGGUCAAAGCAUUUGACAAUGUUCAGUGUCCAUCUCCUGUUCUAUUUACUCCAUGGAUACCAUUUCAGAACUCUUGCUACAAUUUUAUAAUAGCAAAGACUGAAUAUACGGCAACACCACCAGAUGAAGUUCAUUCUAAAUGCCAGAAAAUGAAUCCAAAAUCACAUGUUCUGAGUAUUCGAGAUGAAAAAGAGAAUAACUUCGUUCUGGAGCAACUUCUGCACUUCAGUAAUAUGGCUUCAUGGGUCAUGUUAGGUAUAACUUAUGAAAAUAAUUCUCUUCUGUGGUCUGAUAAGACCAUGCUGUCAUACAUAAAUUGGAGAGGAGGAAGACCAGAUAUAAAAAAUGACAAGUUUUUUGCUGGCUUGAGUACUGAUGGCUUCUGGGAUUUUCAGACCUUCAGUGUUCUUGAAGAAAUACUUCCCUAUACCCAGAACAGCAUUCUUGCUUGUAAAAUUGAAAUAGUUGACUACAAGGAAGAAUAUAAUACUACUCUGCCACAGUUUAUUCCAUAUGAAGAUGGUAUUUAUAAUAUUAUACAAAAAAAGGUAACAUGGUAUGAAGCAUUAAACAUGUGUUCUCAAAGUGGAGGUUAUUUGGCAAGUGUUCAUGACCAAAAUGGCCAGCUCUUUCUGGAAGACCUCGUAAAACGUGAUGGAUUUCCACUAUGGAUUGGGCUCUCAAGUCAUGAUGGAAGUGAAUCAAGUUUUGAAUGGUCUGAUGGCAGUACAUUUGACUACAUCCCAUGGAAAGAUAAACCGUCUGCUGGAAAUUGUGUUGUCCUGGAUCCAAAAGGAAUUUGGAGACAUGAAAAAUGCAAGUCUGUUAGUGAUGGUGCUAUUUGUUAUAAACCUACAAAAUCUAAAGAGGUGUCCUCUCAUACAUACUCAUCAAGAUGUCCAGCAGUAAAAGAGAAUGAGUCACAAUGGAUCCAGUACAAGGAGCACUGUUAUACAUCUGACCGGGCAUUGCGCAAUUUCUCAGAAGCCAAACAGUUCUGUUCAAAACUUGAUCAUUCUGCAACUAUUGUUACCAUAGAGGAUGAAGAUGAAAAUAAGUUCGUGAGCAGACUGAUGAGGGAAAAUAAUAAUAUUACCAUGAGAGUUUGGCUUGGAUUAUCUCAAUAUUCUGCCGAUCAGUCUUGGAAUUGGUUAGAUGGAUCAAAAGUGACAUUUGUCAAAUGGGCAAAUAAAAGUAAGAGUGGUGGUGGAAAAUGUAGCGUUUUGUUAGCUUCAAAUGAAACUUGGAUAAAAGUUGAAUGUUCACAAGGCUACGGAAGAGUUGUCUGCAAAGUUCCUCUGGACUGUCCUUCAUCUGCCUGGGUUCAGUUUCAAGACAGUUGUUACAUUUUUCUUAAAGAAGCCGUCAAAGUAGGAAGCAUAGAGGACGUCAGAAAUCAGUGUACUGACCAUGGAGCAGACAUGGUAAGCAUACAUAAUGAAGAAGAAAAUGCUUUUAUACUGGAUACUUUGAAAAAGCAAUGGAAAGGCCCAAGUGAUAUCCUACUAGGCAUGUUUUUUGACACAGAUGAUGCACGUUUCAAGUGGCUUGAUCAGUCAAAUAUGACAUUUGAUAAGUGGACAGACCAAGAGGAUGGUGAGGAUCUGGUCGACACUUGUGCCUUUUUGCACACCAAGACAGGUGAAUGGAAAAAAGGAGAUUGUGAGAUUUCUUCUAUGGAAGGAACCCUUUGUAAAUCAGCUAUCCCAUAUGAAAAGAAAUAUUUAUCAGAUAACCACAUUUUAAUAUCAGCUUUGGUGAUUGCUAGCACAGUAAUUUUGACAGUUUUGGGAGCAAUCAUUUGGUUCCUGUACAAAAGAAACUUGGAUUCUGGUUUCACCACAGUUUUUUCAACUGCACCCCAAUCACCUUAUAACGACGACUGUGUUUUGGUAGUUGCAGAAGAAAACGAGUAUGCUGUUCAAUUUGACUAAGAUUUUGGAAAUCUCAGAUUAAGGCGUCAAAUACUUUGACAGUGAUUCCUGUGCAGGAUUUUAAUGUAAACUUGGCAAUGAAAAUUAGUUUUUAUGG